CACGAAUAUCGGCAUCGAGCACCCUUUUCUUCUUUCCCUGCUGGAUUGAACAUAUAACUUUCGAAUUCAAUUGGGGAAUUGAAUUUGGCUGAUAAAAAUGCCGACGGUGCACUUGCUCGACUACGUUGCGGGGAAUAUCCGGUCGCUGGUCAAUGCCAUUGAAAAAGUCGGGUAUACCGUGGAAUGGGUCAAAAGUCCAGAAGAUAUAUCGAAGGCCGAUACCUUAAUUUUACCAGGUGUUGGUCACUUCGGUUACUGCUGCAGUCAGCUAGCUAAAUCAGGAUACACGGAAGCAAUAUGCAACCAUAUCCGCUCGGGCAAACCCUUCAUGGGGAUUUGCGUGGGACUUCAGGCUCUUCUAGAAAGCUCAGAGGAAGAUUCAGCUGUCAAAGGAUUUGGAGUCAUUCCCGGCUCCCUCACACGGUUUGAUGACAGUGACAAGAGUGUCCCGCACAUCGGCUGGAACUCUGCAAAUACAUCCUACGCGAAAUCACUGGGUGGGAAAAGUCUGUACGGUUUACGACCCGACAGCAAGUACUAUUACGUUCAUUCCUACGCUGUGCCUUAUCGAGCGGGAGAGCUCGAAAAGCUGGGAUGGGACGUAGCGACUGCGCGAUACGGCGAUCAAGAAUUCAUCGGAGCAGUUGCAAAAGACAACGUCUUUGCGACGCAGUUCCAUCCUGAGAAGAGCGGUGCUGCAGGGUUGCGCGUCAUCAAAGCGUUCCUUGAUAGCAGAAGGGUAUCGGAUCUCCCGUACACCCCUGAUUCCCUGCUGUCACAAGAAGGUCUGACGCGCAGGAUAAUUGCUUGCCUAGAUGUGAGAACGAACGACAGUGGGGAUUUGGUCGUUACCAAAGGGGAUCAAUACGACGUUCGAGAGAAAUCGUCAAGCGGAACGGAGACGACAGACGGGAAGGGAGGGGCCGUCCGAAAUCUGGGAAAGCCUGUGGAGAUGGCGAAGAAGUACUACUCCGAAGGUGCUGACGAAGUUACGUUCCUAAAUAUCACGUCCUUCCGAAACUGCCCGGUGGCGGAUCUCCCGAUGCUCGAGAUUCUCCGAAAGACGUCGGAGACCGUCUUCGUCCCCCUGACCAUUGGUGGUGGCAUUCGCGACACGGUCGACCCGGAUGGAAAGAAGGUUUCUGCGCUGGAUGUCGCGACGCUGUACUUCAAAUCUGGAGCCGACAAAGUCAGCAUUGGCUCGGAUGCGGUCACGGCUGCGGAGGAGUACUUCGCGCGAGGCAAGAAACUGGAUGGCACCACGGCAAUCGAGACGAUAUCAUCAGCGUAUGGAAAUCAAGCAGUGGUUGUUUCGGUCGACCCGCGCAGAGUAUACGUUGCAGAUCCGUCAAGUACCUCUCACCAUACGAUCAAGACUGCAUUCCCCGGCCCCAAUGGCGAGGAGUACUGCUGGUACCAAACCACGAUCAAAGGCGGCCGCGAAGGCCGAGACUUCGACGUCCGACAACUGGUCACAGCCGUCGAGGCGAUGGGAUGUGGCGAGAUCCUUCUCAACUGCAUUGACCGGGACGGGUCGAAUAAAGGGUUCGACCUGGAAUUGAUUCGGGACGUCAAAGCGGUAGUGAAGAUCCCGGUGGUUGCGAGCAGCGGUGCGGGCGUUCCUGAACAUUUUGGCGAGGUUUUCGAGGCGGCGAAUCCGGAUGCUGCGCUUGGUGCGGGAAUGUUCCAUAGGGGAGAGUACACGGUGAAACAGGUGAAGGAGCAUUUGUACUCGAAAGGCCUUCGCAUACGCAAGUUUGAGGAGGAUAUUUGAUUCGGGGGACUUGACUCAAACGAAUAGAUGGGCCUUAUGGGAUUUCCGAAAAAGUCUGCGCGGACUGCAACUUUGUAUUGAAUACGAUAGACCUACCUUCGGGUAUCCUAGAUUGCAUUACUACGCCCCU